GAAAAUUGCUCGAAAGGAAGAGGUUUCGACGCGGGAACCAACCGAGGCCGACCAGGAAGAGAACUUGAACGUAACGUGGUCGUUCGGUGGCACGGUGACACGUGGGCAUCGUGCGCCGUUUAUAACAUUCCUUCGAGUAUAGUAUAGUAUAGUAUAGUAUACUAUAGUAAAGUAUCCGCAGAGGGGAUUCGUUAGAAAAAGACCAAGUGUUCCGGUUAACCAAACUUGAGUCAGCUUGUCGAUGGAUAUGGCAGCUGUCGUUUUCUCGGCUCUUCUUACUCGGUUCCAUCGUACUCGCCACUGUCACUAUCGACAUCGUCGUGGUACUUGUCAAUUGGGCGAACAGGUGUUGUCCAGGCAAGGUGUCCAGGUCGGACUACGUGAUUUCUCGUGAUAGCAGGCACGAGGCUCGAACGAAGGGAGUUCCAGUGACGUCGAUCGAUCGAGAGACAACCAGCAGCAGCCAGCAGCAGCAGCAGCAGCAGCAGCGGCGGCGGCGGCAGCGGCAGCGGCAGCGGCAGCGUACCUCGCGCUCAUUCUUAGCGACCGAAAGUGUUUGCCGGCGAGGUGCGGUGGUGCGCGCUUUAUACACGUUACAUGGUGAGCCUCGGUGAAUCGGUCAGCGUGGACAAGUAGGCCAGAAAAGAAGAGGCAACCGGCGAAUAUAGAAGGAUAUCAUUUCUUGCGUCGCGUCGUUUACUCUUCAUGAUUUCGUUAAGGAUGAAGAGCGAGGUUAUCGAUUCCUCGCGGCCGAUAUCAAGGUUUUGCGGCACUCUUCUUCUACUCCUGACACUCCUUGCAGAGGUGACAUAUUCGGCCGAUCUGGCAAUCGAAAUACCAGGAAAUCUAAGCCAGGGCGGUUCUUGGUAUCGUUUGGAUUACAGUCCUAACGUUGGUCACCCGCUACCGAAUACUACCAUAGCCGCCACCGACAUUGGAGAUGUCAUCAAGUUCAGAGAUGGUCUUCCUGGAACUAGAUACGAAUUUUGGUUGUAUUACAGCAAUAGCACUCUUCACGAUUGGCUUACGUGGACGGCCUCGAUAAUUACAGCACCGGAUCCUCCCUCGAACCUUACCGUCUCUGUGCGAAAUGGAAAGACUGCGGUAGUCUAUUGGGCGCCGCCAGCCCAGGGCAAUUAUUCUGGUUUCCGGUUGAGGGUGCAAAGUUUCAGCGACACCGGAAAUCCAAAAACAAGCGUCAUUCCCGCGGAUGCAGUUCCUUACGUGCUGCGCGAUCUCAUCCCAGGGGCAACGUAUUCGCUUCAACUUUUCACCGUAUUAGACACCAAAGAAAGCGUGGCUUACACCAGCAGAAACUUCACCACGAAACCCAAUACUCCUGGCAAAUUUAUCGUAUGGUUUAGAAAUGAAACAACCUUAUUGGUCCUUUGGCAACCACCCUAUCCUGCUGGGAUUUACACCCAUUAUAAAGUCAGUAUAGAUCCUGCCGAUGCCAUAGAAUCCGUUCUUUACGUGGAAAAGGAAGGCGAACCCCCGGGGCCAGCGCAGGCUGCUUUCAAAGGACUCGUUCCUGGCAGAGCUUACAAUAUUUCCGUGCAAACGGUAUCGGAGGACGAGACUUCAGCUCCUACAACGGCACAAUAUCGAACGGUGCCAUUGCGUCCACUGAAUGUAACAUUCGACAAGUCUUCGAUAACAUCGACUUCCUUCCGCGUCUUUUGGAAUCCUCCCGAAGGAAUGUCUGAAUUCGACAAGUAUCAAAUAUCUUUAGGUGGCAACCGAAGACUAGCGCCGGUUACCAGAAAUCGGGACGACGAGAGUAAAUGGGAAUUCAAGGAUUUGGAACCGGGGAAAACCUAUCAAGUCGUCGUGAAGACAGUGUCGGGCAAAGUUACCAGUUGGCCAGCGAGCGGAGACGUUACUUUGAAACCGUUACCGAUACGCGAUCUUCGCGCUGUCGUUGACGAGAAAACUGGGAUGGUCGAGGUUUCUUGGCUUCCCGAAAAUUCCAGCACUCAGGACAAUUACAAGCUGCAGUAUCACGAAGUUGAAACAACGAUCGGCGGUGACAGCAACACAUUAUCAACAGAGAAGACCAAAGUCACUCUAGAAGCUUUGUUGCCAGGCAGAAAUUAUUCGAUAAUCGUGCAAGCAAUUAGCAAUAAACUCGAAUCGAAUGAAACUGUUUUGUACCAAGUUACCCGGCCAUCGAGUCCGAUAAUCGAGGAUUUGAAGCCCAUCGAGAUGGGAUUGAACAUCUCGUGGAAAAGUGAUGUAAACUCGAGACAAGAAAAAUUUGAGGUAACGCACAACAGAAACGACACUGGAGAGAGCGCGACAACUUUGACAACAGAGUCUCACAUCGUUUUGGAAGACCUCUAUCCUGGCGCAGCGUACGAAGUGAAAGUUUUCGCCAUUAGCCAUGGCUUAAGAAGCGAACCACACGAUUAUUUCCAAGCAGUUUUACCUCAUCCGCCGAAAAAUUUAAGCAUCGAAAGGGUAACGAGCAACACUGUAGUUGUUCAGUGGGAAGCGCCGACGGAUUCGUUGUAUUCAGAAUUUUCGAUUAGGUAUCGAACAGAAGAUGACCCAAGAUGGGUAAAAUUGCCCAGUGUCCGAGAAACGGAAGCGGAAGUAGCAGAUAUGACGCCAGGGGAGAAAUAUACGAUUCAAGUGAACACCGUGAGUUAUGGAGUCGAAAGUCUUUCUCCGCUCCAAGUGAACCAUACAGUUCGUCCGAAUCCGGUAUUAAACAUUACUUCAAUAAUCGACUCAACGAACGUGACACUAGAAUGGCCAAGACCAGAAGGUAGAAUCGAAACCUACGUGAUUAGAUGGUGGCCAGUUGAAAAUAGCCAAGACGUGCGAACGAAAAAUGUUACGGAAAGUAACGAUGUGUCUAGCAUCAUUUUCGAAGAAAACGCCGUGCAAAAGGUUUUAGUAGGGGAUUUGAUGCCAGGCGUUCAAUAUUCCUUUAUCAUCUAUACGGUGUCUUAUGGCUUAGUCAGCGAUGUCACCAAUUUGACUACCAGGACAAUGCCACUGAUCCAAUCGGAAGUCGUUGUGGUGGUCGAUCGUGAUCAACCUGAUUCCUUGACGUUGAGGUACACACCGACGCCCAUACAGUCGUCGAUUUUCGAUUUGUAUCGGUUCCGGAUUAGCGACCAGAACAACACAACGAAAGAGCGACUGCUCGACGACACCGACACUAAGGUGACUUUCACUGGCCUUACACCUGGUAAACUGUACAACGUGACCGUUUGGACUGUCAGCGAUGACGUCGAGAGUAGACCUCUACUUAGGCAGGAUCGACUUUAUCCCGAACCAAUCACAUCUAUCCAGACGGUAGAUAUCAAUGACACAAGAAUUACUUUAACUUGGGAUAUUCCACGUGGCCAGUACGAUUCUUUCGAAGUCCAAUACAUAAACGCUGAAGAAAAUUACAUCCAAAACAUUACGUCAACCAAUAUGAUAACCAUCUCCGAUUUAAAACCUCAUAGAAAUUACACUUUCACGCUGGUGGUUCGGUCGGGUACGGCCUCCUCCUAUCUCAGAGUGUCGAAUCCUCUUAGCGCCAGCUUCACUACCAGCGAGUCAUAUCCUGGCAAGGUAGAAAAGUUUCAUCCUACGGACAUACAGCCCAGCGACAUUAGCUUCGAGUGGUCUUUACCUAGUCAAGAGCAGAAUGGCAUCAUUAGGAAGUAUACUAUCACGUAUGGAUUGGAAGGUUCGGCUCACACACAAAUGCAAGACUUCAGACCAAACGAGUACCGCGGCGUCAUCAAGUCUCUUAUACCUGGAAAGACGUACAUCUUUCGAAUUCAAGCUCAAACGAAAAUCGGUUUCGGACCUGAAGCAAUCUGGAAACAGAAAAUGCCAAUUCUGGCACCACCUAAGCCACCGACUCAAGUAGUGCCGACGGAGGUUUGCAGAAGCAGUACGACUAUUCAAAUACGCUUCAGGAAAAAUUACUUCACCGAACAGAAUGGCGCUGUGACGUCUUACACGAUCAUUGUAGCAGAGGAUGAUAGUAAAAAUGCAUCUGGUCUGGAAAUGCCCAGCUGGAGAGAUGUUCAAGCUUAUAGUAUCUGGCCUCCGUAUCAGGUAAUGGAACCUUACUAUCCGUUCAGAAAUGGAUCAGUGGAGGAUUUCACGAUCGGUAGCGAAAAUUGCGACAAUAAAAGUGGAUACUGCAAUGGACCACUCAAAUCUGGAUCCACUUACAGAGUCAAAGUACGAGCGUUUACCGCCCCGGAUAAAUUUACGGACACUAGUUAUAGUUUUCCAAUUCAAACAGGAUUGCUGCUGGCAGAUAAGGACAACACGGCCAUCAUUGUUGGAGUGACGGUACCAAUAGUGCUUCUGCUGAGUUUACUGGGUAUUGGACUGUUAGUGAGAAGAAGAAGAAGUCAAAGUCGCAAGACAACUGAACCACGAACAACCGAUAACUUGUCGUUACCGGACAGCGUUAUCGAUACUAGUCGACCAAUCAAGAUCGAGGACUUUGCCGAGCAUUACCGCACAAUGUCAGCGGAUUCUGAUUUCCGUUUCUCGGAAGAAUUUGAAGAACUUAAACAUGUUGGAAGAGAUCAACCUUGCACUGCGGCAGAUUUGCCAUGUAACAGGCCGAAGAAUCGUUUCACCAAUAUUUUGCCCUACGACCACAGCAGAUUUAAACUUCAACCUGUGGACGACGAAGAAGGUUCCGAUUACAUCAAUGCCAAUUAUGUUCCUGGUCACAAUUCUCCGCGAGAAUUCAUUGUUACGCAAGGACCCUUGCAUUCGACGCGCGAUGAUUUUUGGAGGACAGUUUGGGAGAGUAACAGUAGAGCGAUUGUAAUGUUAACGAGGUGUAUUGAAAAGGGUCGAGAAAAAUGUGACCAUUAUUGGCCAAUAGAUACUCUACCCGUCUAUUAUGGCGAUAUUUGUGUCACGAUAUUGAACGAAACGCAUUAUCCUGACUGGAGUAUUACGGAGUUUAUGUUAUGCAGAGGAGAUGUUAAAAGAGUUAUUCAGCACUUUCAUUUUACGACAUGGCCUGAUUUUGGUGUUCCAAGUCCACCUCAAACAUUAGCUAGAUUCGUACGAGCUUUUCGAGAAAGAGUUCGGCCUGAUCAGAGGCCGAUAGUUGUACAUUGCAGUGCCGGGGUUGGUCGCAGUGGUACGUUCAUCACAUUGGACAGAAUACUCCAACAAAUCUUGGUAUCCAAAUACGUGGAUAUCUUCGGGAUAGUUUGGGCGAUGAGGAGGGAACGCGUUUGGAUGGUCCAAACGGAACAACAAUAUAUAUGUAUACAUCAAUGUCUUUUGGCAGUUUUGGAGGGUCAAGAUAUGACUGGACCACCUCGAGAGAUUCACGACAAUCAAGGAUUCGAAGGCAAGAAUCGAAGCUCGGUUGAAAACACAAAGAGCCCUGCUGAAGAUGAAAAGGAAAGGUGACCUUCGAACUGCGAAUCCUGCGUCGAUGACGACGAAGGAAUAGCAGAAUCGGGGAUGUGAUGUUCCAAUACCUCGUUGCAUUCAGGGAUCAACGAACACGAGGAAUUGUUAGCGAUAUUUGGAAAAGGUGCAGUGCGCCGACAAGAAUAGUACUACGAUGAUACAUUUGCACGAUCAAAAUAUCGAAAGUGAAGAUUGAAACAAAGUAGAGAAGAAAUACAUCCACGAAAGUGUUCGGUUUUAUGAAAACAGUUUGUUUCAGAGAGAGAAAGAGAGAGAGAGAGAGAGAGAGAGAGAGAGAGAGACCCAGACCUAACCGAAUUUUUCAUCGAUUACAAUUUAUGAUAAUUGUGCCGGUGCGUCUAUUAAAACGAACGACAAAACUGUGUAGUUAGAUUUUCCAUAAAGAAUAUUAUACAUAAGUGAUAUGACUUUAAUUCCCUUUUAUAACGAUUCGUUAAGUGGCGUGUCAUCCGUAUGAUUCGCGACAGCAUAAAACACACACAAAUAAACGUAAACAAAAAACUAUUUAAACAAAUAAAGUAGAAAUUUGUCAAAGUUUCGUCGACUAAAUAUUCCGAAUAAGUGUUCAAGAUUGUUUCGAGAAAUGUACGGAUGGUAAAUUUGUCGACAAUAACUUAAUCCUGUUGGAGUUACGCGGUGGAAAUACUGCACCGAAUGAAAGAAACGAACGGUUACUGCAUCCAACUCGAAGUGAAAUUUAACAACAAGAAGACACGAAAAAAAAGAAGAAAAAUUCUAUUUCUAUGUUUUUUACAAUAGGUAGUAGGUACACGUAUUUGAAUCGUAUUCCAUACAUCAUCGUUCAAGGAAUCUACGUGCAACGGAAAAAGCAUCGAAAGUUUUUCCGACGAAAAGAGAUAAACUUCCGAGAAAAACUUAAAAAAAGAAACGAACAAAGGCAUUAAAUGUUGUUACGAAGAACGACAACGAAAUUCUGCCAGAAUAUCGACAACGCGCAUCGAGGUGAAAUUCAACGCGACGAAAUAAAUUCGAAGAGAAGCGUGAACUUUUAAAUUGUUUGGAUUGAAAUCAAUCGAUUGUUGUUCUCGAAUUUAUAGGAUAGACGUAUUUUCUAGAUAUAAAAAACAAAAAAAUCAACGAAAUAACGGAAAGACAUGGAAAAACAUGGAGAAUUUUGUUUAAACUUUCACUGGUUAUUUACAUAUCGAAAAAACACGUUGUUGUAUGAGAGAACCAAGUUGUAAAGUAGCGUUGCAAAUACUUUUCGUAGAACGUUACUGUGACAGGGUUUUCAGGAUGGAAACAGAAAUCUCUGCUAGAUAAAUGAUUUUUAUUUCGACCGACUCGCUGAAAAUCCACCCGCCGCGCCGUUGACGACGCUCUGUGUAACAGUUGGACAAAAAGGGCGGCGGCAAUGGUUGUGUGUCACCAAAAGAGCGCUGAUCGGCGAAUCCUUCUACAAACAAAGUUUCAAUCAAAGUAAUGCCAUCUCUGCCCGACUACUGGCUACGAUCGGCAAGCGACAAUGGCUGUGUUGUGACGCGUGUCGCCAAAAGGCUGCCGACCAGCCAAUUCUUACAUUACAUGUGUCUGGACUUUGUUGCAUGACAUUGCGUAUAUAUUUAUGAAUCGCCAUGUCGACCAUUUCGAACAAAUUUUACCAAUUUUCGGACGUUCACGUAGAUGAUACGUUGAAGGAAUUAGCGACACUUUGAUCUUGAAGUUUCAUCAAAUGUUUCUAUCUCGACAACUUUUCGUUGUUGGCACGAUAUACCUAAUCGUGAUGUAGUCAAGUCCAGGUUUCAUAUCUUAAAAAAUGUAAGAUGAGCUGAUCUUGCAUUGGGUUGCCACAUUUCGAUCGAUACAUACAUAGAUACAUUUACAAAUAACGCUAGGUUUGUAACAAAUCGAAAUUCUUAAAUGCAACAGAGACCAUAAAAAUAAAGAAACACAAUUCAGAUCUACAGGAACUUUGUUAUUUAUUUGUUGUUUUAUUUUCAUAAAGUUACAUCAACGUCUUUUACAAAUACAUAUCUUUUUUGUUAAUUAUGGUAGUAUUAUGCGUCAUCGAUUUGUUGUGAAUCUGAUGGAAACUAAAUCGACAGACACCAUCGGUAAUCGAACAACUGUCGCGAGUGGCAACCAUCCGUCCAAAGGCUGUAGUAGAGACGCCAAUCCAAUUAAAUGUUGUAAGCCUACAUUACCUAGAAUGAGAAAACAAAGGAAGGACGAAAAUGAGAUACAUGAUUUCCGUCGACCCUCCUUUGUCAUGAUAAGAGAAACGUGUCAGUGGGAACAAGAAACUCGCAUCUUCGUAGAAGCCAUAUCACUUUGCAUGAGAAUCACUCGACGAUUCGUAUUACUUGUACGUAUUCACUUAUCCGUAUUCGCAAUCGGAACGAAGCGACGAUUGCGAAAUUGUCUAAGAGAUUGAUUCGUUUAGGUCGGUUGUUUUUUACCGUACUCGUUCACGCUUACCACUACCCAAAUUCUAACUAAGCGAUACUCGCGUGGAAGUCACGAUUAAAUAGAUAAGUGAAACGACGAACAAUAUUUUUCCAACGUAACCGUUUACACGAACAGGGUUUUCGACAGCUUUGGAUACUAUUCUCGAUCUACAUACUUGUAUACAUAGAUAUAUGUACAAUUCAUAGACAAUUGAUGAUUAAGUUUAACGAAGCAUGUAAAUUUCAUUCGUACGAUACAGCAUUUAUACAGUAUCAAAGGGGAAAAUAUUCCAGAGAAAAAGAAUAUUACGAUGAAAAUCAUUAAAAGGAUUUCUAGUCUGCUGAAAUUUUAAUGAUAAUUGAAUACAGAAAAAUGUUUAUCCCGAUAUUCUUGUUGUUUUCUUUUUUUACUCGCCAAAAAAAGAAACCUAUCGAAAUCAUACUUGAACAGAUUUUACUCUGAGACCAAUGUUUAUCUGUCAUUUAACAUUUUGUACGACAGUUGUUAGGGUGAGUCGAAAGCUGAAAGGUUCACGAUCGUCACCCCAAUACACGUCGUUAAAGUCAAAUUUUCUCCACGAUAUACAUAUAUAUAUACUAUGUACUUAAUUUUAUAUUGACUGGCGUGACAAAUGCGUGGGAAAAUUUUUAGGCGUUUAUGAAUGACAGGGAAACCGAUUACUUUUACGAUCAGCAGGGUCAAACGAAUUCUCUUCAUCGAGUUUCCUGGGAGACAGAAAAAACCUCGGAGGAGUAUGAUAUUACCUACAUAAUGUAUUUUUGGAGAAAUGUUUGUAUAUCGCUUAAGUAUAUCCAAUUCAACGACUCGCGAACGACUUUUUAAUGUUCGUAUUUACCGCGAGAACUCGAUGUACUUGUUGUACUUGGUAUUAGACAGAGAUGGGCAGAAUUUAAUUAACUAAACGUGAAAUUUGUUUAAACUUUAUUUUAAUUUUUGAGAAAAUUACUUUUGUAAGAAAUGGUCCUGAAAUCUGUUUAAAUAUAUAAACACACAAAUGUACACUCUCUUUUAAACUUUCAAACACAUACGCGUGUUUGGCAGGGUUGCCGAUCAAUUUUGUGUUUUGGCCGGUAUAAGUAAAAGGCGCCUUGCAUCGAUUGCACCUAUUGUUCGGGAUACGAGUAAAGUUAUUAUAAAAGGAAUGUGCCAAUGUCUAUUACGAUUCAUAGUUUCUUUGACAAAUCUGAUGGAUUCGAAAUUGUUGAACUUUUCGAAAUUUCUUAUUUAAGGGAUUAUUUUGCCCAUCUCGAGAACGUCCGCCGUAUGCAAUAUUUUGGUCGAUCCGUUGAUAGGCCGUUGGCACCGUGAAAGAUAUUUCGUACUAGUUUUAGUACUGAUGAAUGGCUUCAGCUUAAACGUAUAACAUCAUUCAUCGAAUAAAACGUGCUAAGGAUUAAUCUAUACAUAUACAUAUACAUACACAUACAAAAUACAUAACUGAUAUUGCUAUCAUCAUCGAAUAUUUUUUAUAACGCUUCACGGUGAUUCGUAUGGACGAUAUACCAUACAUACACCUAUGUAUAAAAUAACGGAAUUGCCAAUCGAUUGCUAAAUGCGAUAAGGUAAUAUAAUAUUAUCAAAGGUUCAGAAAUCCUUAAUGAUAUUCCCGAUGUAUCUUCUUCUAAUAGUUUUUCAUUGUUCUAGAUAUUAUAAAAGAUUGCAAGCAUAGUCGUUUCCGUACUAGCCACAAUGGAUCGACAAAGAAUUGCCCGGUAUUAUUGCAGUUCCCGUAACAUCGAAUUUCUCUACCCUAUAUUAAGCUAUAGAUGUGUGUGUAUAUACUCUUCAAUGUGAAUUACCGAUAUUUCAGGUGUAGCAAAAAUUAUGACAUAGCCAAGUCAUGAAAUAUACAUUUAAUUCGUUU